AUGGAUGAGGAACAAUACCCGGAAGAAUUUCAUCAUCAUGAUGAUGAUGAUGUGAUCCCAAGUGAAGAAGAAGAGGAAGAAUAUGAAGACGACUCUGAUGAAUAUGAAGCCCAAUUCGACGAUGAAGACCUCUCAACGGUGAUUCUCAACGAAAUUAAAAACGGGACAUACACAUGCUUAGUGUGUACCGAGGAAAUCGACGACGCUUCUGAGAUCUGGUCGUGUAAAUCGUGCUACCGAGCGUAUGAUCUUGAUUGUAUACGAGAUUGGGCGAUUAAGGAUUCCAAAUCCAAUUUGAACUCCGAUAUGUGGCGAUGCCCAUCGUGUAAAACCAGUAUCCAAGAAAUCCCCUCGACUUACACUUGCUGGUGUGGCAAGGUGAUUGGUCCUCCAAGUAAUAUUUUUGCCCCACAUUCUUGUGGUCAAACUUGUUCAGAAUCAUUGACAACAUGCCCUCAUGCCUGCUCUUUGCCCUGUCAUCCGGGCCCCCAUUCCGAAAUAUGUCAAGCCCAACCACGGUUACGAUGUGACUGCGGGGCGGAAACCAAGCAGUUUGCCUGUAUCAUUGCUCCCUACGACGCUGGUUGGAAGUGUGGGAAACCUUGUGAUGAACUUAUGCCGUGUGGAAUUCAUAAACACAAAGAAAUAUGUCAUGGAGGAUUAUGUGGACCAUGUGAAGAAGUGACGGUGGUGAAAUGUUACUGUGGGAAACACGAAACAGAGAUCCCAUGCUACCAAAAAGUCGAUGUGAACUGUUCCAGUAAUGACAAUCAGUGGAUCGGGUCGUAUCAAUGUCAAGUUGGCGAACCGUGUGCCGAAGUAUUGGAUUGUAACAACCCAAAUCAUACCUGUGAUAUCCAAUACUGUCACCCCCAUGAUCCAACGGACCGUCGAUUCCAACACAAGUGUUUAUUAAACCCAAAGAUCUUGACGAAAUGUCCGUGCGGUAAAUGCAAAAUCUCGGUUUUGCUUGGCGGUAAAUCCCGAGAGUCUUGUGCUGACCCAGUGCCGUUGUGUGAUAACGUGUGUGAUAAAUCGUUGAAGUGUGGGCAUAAAUGUUAUUGGAAAUGUCAUACUGGGGCUGAGCAUGCCAAAUGUUACCAACCCGUGGAAGUCCAUUGUAAUUGUGGGUUCAAUAAAUUCACGGUACCUUGUGCGUUCAACCAAGCAGGGCUUAAACCAAAAUGUACUAGGAAAUGCCAGACUUUGAAGAACUGCCGUCGUCAUAGAUGCGGCAAUAUCUGUUGUCCGUACGAGAAAAUCGCCAUUAAAAGAGACCAGGACCGCAAGAAGAAUAAUUUCCGGUCGGUUAGCGAUCUAAUUGAUGGUCAACAUCAUCCCGAACCUCAUAACCCCGACGAUGAUAACAUGAGCUUAGAAGCGGUGCAUAUUUGUCUUGAACCGUGCCAUAAGCUUCUUUCGUGUAAACAACAUCGUUGCAAAUGGCAAGACCAUGCAGGGAAAUGUCCUCCGUGUCUUGAAUCUUCAUCAGAUGAUUUAAUGUGUGCUUGUGAACGAACUGUAUUGAUCGAGGCCCCAGUAAGGUGUGGUGCGGUGAUCAAGAAGAAAUGUACUUUCCAAUGUAAUAGAUCUACCCUGUGUGGUCACAAAAUGCCUCAUACUUGUCAUGGUGAUUCGGUUGCUUGUCCAAAAUGUACCGAGUUGGUGACGAAAAAAUGUGCCUGUGGUAACCGGGAAAUCAAAGGGGUUUAUUGUUUCCAGACCAGGGUGAGUUGUGGGGCAAAAUGUGGGAAAAAGUUAUCGUGCGGAUUACAUGAGUGUACGAAAAUCUGUUGUUCCACUAAUGAAGAUCAUCUGAAGAUGAAGUGUACCCAACCUUGUGGGAAGACGAAGUCAAAAUGUGGGCAUCCAGAUCUUGCGAAAUGCCACUGGCCUCGGGGAGAUUGUAACGAGAAUAUUCCUUGCAAGUCUAAAGUGAGGUUAAAUUGUCAAUGUAAAAGAUUGACGAAAGUGGUGGAAUGUGCCGCUACUAAUGACAGAACCCUGAGAUCUGGGGAAGUGGUGGAAUGUGAUAACGAAUGCUUGAGAAUAAAGAGAAACCAACAGCUCAUGGCGGCAUUUAGUAUGGAUACCAGUUCCACCGGGGUCAAUUCUGCCGAUGUUUUGGUGAACCCAUACUCAGAGUACAUUCUUGGGGUAUAUUCCAAACAAAAGAAAUGGUGCGAACAAGUAGAAAAUGUUUUCCGAGACUUUGUUUCUAAGUGGCUCGAUGAUCCAACUACUGCGAAAAAAACCUUCCAUUUUCCAGCCAUGCGGAAACCUCAAAGAACCUUGAUCCAUCAUUUGAGUGAUGUGUACGAACUCUAUUCACAAUCGCAGGACUCCGAACCACGCCGGUCGGUGUACGUUGCCAUCACUGCCAAAAGUCGUCUUCCUUCAUUGUCAUUGUUUGAAGCAUCGAUUCUGUCAGAGGCCACCACCGAAGCCCUAAGGGAGAAACGAGCGUACGAACACGAAUUGACCAAUUCCAUGGGAGUUGCCGAGUUCAACGCCUUGAUUUUGGAAGGGUGCAAAUUUGGGGCGACGGUGAAUGAAUUGGAAGAAUCAUUAUUGUCGAUCAUUAACGACGCCGCAGAGGAACCAUUGAACCCUCAUUUCCAAUGGGUCGAAGAUGGGAAAUUCUUGGUUUUGCCAGAAGCUCACCAAACGUUUACCAGAAAACAAGAAUUCGAUUUGGAGAAUGUCAGGGAUAAGAUCAAUUUCAAAUUGGACCAAUGGACCAAAGAAGGUCGUGAAAGAAUAGUACAAUUGGCGAGACUUUGCAGUGUUGAUUUUGAUGGAGCAACGAUUUUGAAAUUUGGGGCCGAAUUGAAAACAGACAAACCCGAUGGCCUUGUGGAUGAUGUUAAUAAGGUGGUGGAAAAGCUACAGGACUUGAAUGUUGAGAAUAAAGUGAAUUAUGACGAUAAGAAUAUCACCGAUUGGUUCUGA